AUGUUUAUUUUUUUUUAUUUCAGUGCACCAGGCAGUGGCCCGAAGUUCAAGUCUACUACUGUAGCAGUGGAGGCCAGUUUCAGAGAGAGCUGUACCGAUGGACUGUCAGAAGAGACCCACAACUCCACAGUGCUGGAGACAGGGACCCACAACCACACCACCAGCACCAGCACUGGCGUGGCCUCCAACAGCAAGACGCAGCAGACACUGUACUGGCCCUACAACGGCAAGGCCAAGAAACAAACUUACAAAAGGCACAAAAUCGCCUUCUCAUUCUCCUUCCCAAAGAAAGCAUCGGUGAAGCUGGAAUCUGCAGCGGCGGUGUUCUGUGAGAACACAGAGGAGGGUUCCAAAGAACGUAUCAGAACACAGAAGCUCAGAAUUCCCCUCGUUGAGAUGAACAUCCCCGUUUCACCCACUGCAGAGGAGAAAGGACGGGGUUUUGGGGGUGUGGAGGCUAUUGGCACUCAGCCUGGUGAUCUCAGCCCAAACAGUGUUUGUGAGGGGGGUCAGAGGUCAUCAGAUACACUAGCCAGGUCUGACAUCCCCAUGCCACCACCGGCCUCACAUCUGUGUUCUGUGCUAGUUAACUCUGAGGAUAUGGCCAGACCUUAUGUGUCCUCCGUCUCCCAAUUACCUGCCUCCCCUUGUCGCAUUCCCCCAGACGACCCAGACACAGUACUAGAUACACAGAACUCUGAGGAAACUCAGAUAAAGAGCCCAACAGAGGCCGAGCCGGAAACAAGCAAACACCAACAAGAUCAUGUAGUAGAAAGGAGUGUCUCGGGGGAAGAAAACUCCUCCAUUAGCAGUUCCUCUUCAGAGGUCAUCGCCAGUUCUGAUGGUCCCCCUGAGAACCACUCCUCCUCCUCUCAGUUCUCUCAGUCCUCUCAGUGUCCUGGGACUGUAAGAGAGGAAGAGGAAGGAGAAGACAUUACGGCGAUGAAGACCCUGUCGUGUCCUUUCACCAAGCCCAUCCAGCCGUUCUUCUCUGUGCUCAGCAGAGAUGGAAACACUGUUCUCCAGUGGCCUUCAGAGAUGCUGACCUUCACCAGGACAGAGCCCCGUCUCACCUACAGUUGCAACCCCCUCCAUUUUGACUUUAAGGCCUCGCAUCAUUCGCAGAGCAGGGCGAAGGUUAGCGUCGGUGACAGUCAGAGUAAGACGGAGCUGAGGUUAUCUGAGGCGUUGUGUUUCGGCUCAACCUCUUUCUGUUCUGAGGAACCAACAGACAACAAGCACGACAAAGAUGGCUACUCAAGGCCAGACCAUCACAGCCAUGAUGAUGUCAUCAGAGACGACAGGGAGGCAGCGGAGAGGAAGGGUUGUCUCAUAUGUGAGCACCACAUGAGUGACACAGACACAGACAGCUGCAGCUUGCGACUGAAGAGACACAGCAGUGUCUACAGCAGCUGUACAUCUAGUAGUCAGUCAAAAAGUCAGACUCAUUCUGGCCAGAGAGCAGCGGGCGGCGAGAAAUGGAAAUCCAGAGACAGACGCCAUUACAGGAGCCACAAGAAGAGGAAGAGAAGGAGGAGAGGAGGGGAUGAGGAGGAGGAAGAGAAGCACGGAGUGAGGGAGACGGAUGGAGGUGUGGAUAGCAAUGCGGAGAAAUGCAACAAAUUCCAGAGACAGUCUGAGUGUUGGGAAGGACUUGAUAGCCAAUUUAGAGGCCCCACUUCACAGCCAUUAGAGAAGUCAAAGCAAUCACCUCAAAAUCAGGCUGACAGCGGCCACGCUGCUCCCUCUGCCGCUGAGGACAGGGAGAGAGAGAGGGUGAAGAGAGAUAGGGAGGAGAGAGAGAGGGAAGAGAGAGAGAGUGUGGAGCGAGAGAGGGUGGAGAGAGAGAGGGAGAAGAGAGAUAGGGAAGAGAGAGAGAGAGAGAGGGAGGAGAGGGAGAGGGAGAAGGAGAGAAGCAGACAGGAAACAGCAGGCAGGGUAAACGGAUCAGUGGGCAGCCUCAGCCUCUCUGAUGAGGGCGCCACGAAUUCUGAAAAGGUGUUCGGGAGCGACGGCAGAAGAGACCCAGUCGAUCCUUCAACAGAACAGAGAAACGCUUCAGGAUACGGCUCACAGAGCUCACAGAGCCACGACAACCCCUGCCCAGAGAACCCUGCUGGGGCUGUUAGACAAAACCCAACCAUGGUGAUGACACAUCUGUCACCACAAAGCCCAAGGACCAUUACCCAAAAAGCAAGCAUGACAAAAUCCCUUUCACCAGAGAGCUGUGCUGAAGACUGUUGUAUCGGCCAAUCCUUGAGAAGGAAACGGAGAGCAUCAUCUUUGGUUGAUAAAGAUGAGCAGGGUCCUGACCAUCAGGGCCCAUGCACCCAGUGUCAGUCACCUGUAAUGGUAGAGCCCAAUGGGCCAGAGGGUUCAAUGGGUGAGGAGGGGUCCUCUUGGUCUGGCUGUGUUUCCUGUGGUGGGAAGGGGAGACUAAGGAAGAGACAGAGAGGGUCCAGUUACGCUCCUCUCAUCUCAGACCUUCCUGUAGGUCACAGUGUUCACAUCUCAGACCCUCCUGUACGUCACAGUGUUCACAUCUCAGACCCUCCUGUAGGUCACAUUGUUCACAUCUCAGACCCUCCUGUAGGUCACAGUGUUCACAUCUCAGACCCUCCUGUAGGUCACAGUGUUCACAUCUCAGACCCUCCUGUAGGUCACAGUGUUCACAUCUCAGACCCUCCUGUAGGUCACAGUGUUCACUUCUCAGACCCUCCUGUAGGUCACAGUGUUCACAUCUCAGACCCUCCUGUAGGUCACAGUGUUCACAUCUCAGACCCUCCUGUAGGUCACAGUGUUCACUUCUCAGACCCUCCUGUAGGUCACAGUGUUCACAUCUCAGACCCUCCUGUAGGUCACAGUGUUCACUUCUCAGACCCUCCUCUGGAUGGGCUGUCUGGUUGCAGAUGUAAGCUGGAUGUCCAGAGUGAGAAUCUAGUGAAUACAGCCGUAGAAUACCCUGUGCUAAAAGGUCCACUUGCCAGCUGUAGUGCUCUGAGUCAGCCGGCUGUAGAGCACAGCUGCAGUGCCCUGAGUCAGCCGGCUGUAGAGCACAGCUGUAGUGCCCUGAGUCAGCCGGCUGUAGAGCACAGCUGUAAGUCAAUGGGAGGCUCUCCUCUGCUCCAGAUUCAGAACAACGUUCCCAGCGUGAAAGAAGAUUGUUCCUCCUCUCCCUCUCAACCUGAGCCUGUACACUAUCCCCCAAAUCCCCCAGAAAUAAUCGGUAUUACUAAUGAAAACAAAAACAUCACCGUUUGCCUCCCAAACUCUCCCACUGUCUCUCUCCCGAUCAUGUUACAUAAUCUAGGAAUGGACAACAAUGGACAAGAUUGUAUAACAAGACAAACCAUGACAGUGGCUGCUCAUGUCAGCCCACUGGGUGUGAGAGAGAUUCCCCCGCCAUUCAUCCCUCCACCGAUGUUUCAGAUACAGAAGGCGAGUCUGGACACGUCCUGUCAACACAGUCCCCAGAGCCACCCCCACCACCAAAGGUGUCACAGCCCCCAGCCUCCCCAGGGUAAUACCCAGCAUCAGAGGUGUCAUCCUGGGGUUAGGGUUCAGGAGGAGAGAGGGAUCAGGGAGGGCCCUAACAUUACAGGCAGCCCUUGUAGUCCCUAUCAUAGACCAGCUAGCCCCUACCACAACCACAGACCUCCAAGUUUCCAUCCGCAGCACCCGUCUGAUGGCAUGGAGAAACACCACUGUCUCGUUCAGAUCCAGACCCAUAGACACAUCAUCCAUCAACGUCAGCAGCACCAGGUGUUCCCAGAGAAGAUGAAGCCUGUCCUGCCUGGGUCUCCUGUCCCCAUGUCCUCCUCCUGUCCUGCCAUGCUCCACCCCGUCCACAUGUCUCCCAUGCCUAGCGGGUCCAUCACCAUCCGACACACUAUCCGACACCACCAGCACCACCACCAUGCAGUCUUCCUGCCCCCUCACCUCCUGCCCCCUCACCUCCUGCCCCCUCACCUCCAGCCCCCUCUCUUCCCCCAGGUCCUGCCAGUCCCAGUCAGCCGCCUGCCUAUUGGAGCAGAGAUGUGUACCUCUGGACCGCCUCCAUUUGUUACCUCAACAACGCAUCUCUCUGUGGUGGCCCCGCCCAGUUUACACCACCACCCAAUGGCAGUGACGUUCCACGCCAUGCCCCGCCCAACCAUGUUCCCUGCCUCCAUGCUUCAGUCACAUUCACAUCCCACCGUCAUCCCACUGCAGCCCAUGUUUUGA